AUGUCUCGUGUUUCAGGCUCCUUAUCGCAUCCAUAUCAUUGAAUUGGGCCGGAGCAGGGAUCUCCUGGUCCGCAAAUUGCGGACCAGGGGAUGUGCCAUUUUCAUUUGCGGUGAGAUCAUAAUUGUGAUCCGGUCGUAAAUGGUUAUGAUCUCUUUUUGGGUUCGUCGUCUCAAUCAGGUUAUAAUUUUUAUUCUGAGCGGGCGGUUAGAGGUCGCUUGAAGGACACCCUCGCUCAGCGCCCAAUAAUUUGGCCACUUAUCCACCAUCAAAGGCCUUCGGACGACUUCCGGUCAUCAACUCCAAAUAAAAACUAUAACCUGAUGGGGACGGUGAACCCUGGAAGAGAUCGCAAUAAUUUACGAUCGGAUCACGAUCAUAAUCUGACCGUAAAUACGAGUGGCACAUCCCCUAGACCAUAAAAGAGUGGUCAAGAGAUCUAUGCUCUGAAUUGAGGGGGACAAUCCUCUCGUCCGCAAUUUGCGGACCAGGGGAUGGUCCACUAGUGUAGACCCUUGAUUUGGAUGGACCUUACCAAUUUAAAGGUGAGCUCCAUCCAAAUCAAUGGUCCUCAUACAGUGGAGCAUCCCCUGAUCCGCAAAUUACGGACCAGAAGAUCCGGCCCGUGAAUUGAGAGGCCUUACUGAACCGGGUCUAAUCAAACCCGAUCUAAUCAAUCCCGGUCUAACCAUAAGGAUUGGAUCGGACCGUUUCUUCUCGCUUUCUUGCCGAUCCCUCGCCUCGUUCCAUCCUCACUGUUUCCAUGUUUGGCUACCGGCGGCAACCUCCUUCACUCUUGACGACGCCUACGGGAGACAGCAGCGGGGAGGUGAAGCGGCACGGAGAUAUAUUACCAAUUUCUUCUGUCUCUUCUACGCCCUCUCGUGUUUCCAUCAUUGGCAUGAAUCGAGCAACUCCAUAGCCCGAUCUCCAACUGAGGCUCGUACUUGGUUUUGGAUCCAGUCGAUCGAUUUGGGAUGGAUCUGUGCACCGAUUUGAUGGAUUAGCGUUCCAUAUUCUAAAUCCAGUGUAUCAUACUGCCUUGUUUCAGCAAAAAAAAAAAUGUUUGACCUUGGUGUGGGACGUUACUGAAACCAACUAGGAGAUUGUGGCGCGGAGAUGGAGAAAGGUUUCUUCGACAUUCAAAUCCUUCUCAUCAUAGUGGCUGCAGCCUUUUUCUUCAUUCAGGUACAUGGUUUCACAGCAGAUUCUUCACUUGGACAAGGAAAUUUCCAGCAACCAGAGGAGAAUAUUUAUAUAGCUGUAUCCUAUGUGGACUCUUCUGGUAAGUUCCGAACUCAGAAGGUUGAUUCAAAGACCUUAUCGUCAUCCUGGGUCUGGGAGAGUUCAAUUGAUGGAAAUCUUAGCCAACAAAUUAUUGGACAGAUCCCAGAAAAGUUGACUGAACACCCUAUGAAUGUUACCGAAGAGAGUGUUCAUCCUCCAACUUACUAUAAUCAACCAUCCAAUCCUAUAGAUCCAAUCAAGCUUAGACGUCUGCGAUUGCGGGAAAAAAGGAAGGAACAACGAAUUGCAGAUCUUGUUCAUAUGAGCAAAGACACUGAAAUGCAGAUGCAAAAAGCAGCCAUCCGACGUACACAAGAGUUCAUCAACACAAGAAAGUCAUGGUAUAGCAUAUGGAGGAAAGAAUAUUUUAAUCCUCUCUCUGAUUCCACUCUUAAACUGAUGAGAGAUCAGAUUGUAAUGGCUAAGGUGUAUGCUAGUGUUGCUCGUUCCACUGGAAAACUCGACCUUUAUGAUUCUCUGAUUAGACGCAUCAAAGAAAGUCAACAUGCUACUCGAAAUGCAAAUUCAGAUUCUGAGCUACAGGAGAGCAGUGCUCUUGAACAAGCAAAAGCUAUGGGCUAUGUCCUGUCCGAUGCAAAAGACAAGCUACACGAUGGUGCUGUUAUCACAAGAAAGUUGCGGACUAUGCUUCAAUCAUUAGAGGACACCAUAAACACAGUUAAGAAACACAGUACAUUUUUAGUUCAGCAUGCUGCAAAGACAAUGCCCAAACCGGUCCAUUGUCUAUCUUUACAACUUACAACUGAUUACUUCAUGAGCAACAAUAUUAACAAAGAAGUAUCAAAUGAGAAGCUUGAGGAUCCCUCACUUUACCAUUAUGCUAUAUUCUCCGAUAAUGUUCUCGCUACCUCAGUUGUUGUCAACUCUACUGUUAUGAAUGCCAUAGAACCAGAGAAGCAUGUGUUUCACAUUGUCACAGACAAACUAAACUUUGCAGCCAUGAAGAUGUGGUUCAUUGCUCAUCCCCUGCCAGCGUCUGUCAAUGUGGAAAACAUCGAUGAAUUCAAGUGGCUUAAUUCCUCCUACUGCUCUGUUCUUCGCCAACUUGAAUCUGCCAGAAUCCAAGAGUACUACUUCAAAGCGACUCAUCCAUCAUCUCUUUCUGCUGGAAAUGAAAAUCUUAAAUACAGGAAUCCCAAGUAUUUGUCAAUGCUUAACCAUCUAAGAUUCUACAUGCCAGAGGUUUAUCCUAAACUUGACAAGUUGCUUUUCCUCGAUGAUGAUAUUGUGGUGCAAAAGGAUCUGACACCGCUCUGGUCCAUAGAUAUGAAAGGAAUGGUCAAUGGUGCAGUUGAGACAUGCAAAGAGAGCUUUCAUCGGUUUGAUACCUAUCUCAAUUUCUCGAACCCACUAAUAUCUCAUAAUUUUGAUCCUCAAGCAUGUGGGUGGGCCUUUGGGAUGAAUAUAUUCGACCUAAAGGAAUGGAAGAAACGAAAUAUCACUGGAAUUUAUCAUUAUUGGCAGGAUUCGAAUGAGGACCGUAAACUGUGGAAGCUCGGGACACUGCCGCCGGGACUGAUUACUUUCUACAAUUUGACAUUACCAUUGGAUCGUAGUUGGCAUGUUUUAGGGCUUGGGUAUGAUCCAGCCAUAAACCCUUCAGACAUAGAGAAUGCUGCUGUUAUUCACUAUAAUGGCAAUUACAAGCCAUGGUUGGAUCUUGCCUUUACCAAGUACAAGAUGUAUUGGUCUAGGUAUGUUAAUGUUGACAACUCAUAUAUUAAAGAAUGCUAUGCUUACUGAUGAUGAGCAAUAUUAAUAGUUCGUCUUGCUUUCCUUCCCUCCCUCUCUUGUUUUUUGCCUUUUGCUUGAUUGUCUUUGUUAGCAUCAAUUUUAUCUCCAUUCGAUGUGACACAAUCACCUUAAUGAAGUAAUUGCUGUUUCAUGAACUCA